CCAAUGUUGAAUCACUCCACAAAAGAAGAGCAAGAGUGAUGGAGAGCAGAAUACUGAGAGCUCUAUGGCUCCUCUCCUUUAUGCUCAUUCCGAGAGGCGCUUUCGUCGUCCGCGCGAGUUCAUUCGAUGCUGCUGGUGCUGCUACUGCCGCCACUACCACUGCUGCUACUUCUGCGACUGCUGCUGCUGCUGCUAUCGUUGCUGCAUAUUUCUCGAGCCCUGACACGAGCUUAGAGAGGAAAGUAGAAGAAGAGGCGGGCGUCGAGUUACCGUUGGAUGUGGAGACGCAUCGGAGGAUCCUCGCCACGAUCGACCCGAGGACGGUCUUCAAUCCGGACCGACCGGCCUGCGUCGGUCCGUGCCCGGCGCGGGGCGGGCCGUACACCGGGCGGGGCUGCGAGAGCUACUUCCAAUGUCGCCAUUAAUGAGCUCUUAUAUAUUUUUUCGUUGAAUAUCUAUCAAACUUUUCACAUUACGUUUCAAUAAACAUGUUAUUAUGUGAUUGACUAGUUUCUAAUUUUAUAAAAUAAUAUUUUUUUACAGCA